CAUCCCUAAUAAGAACAGGUAGAGGAACAACACAAAAUGGACGAGGAAUUGGAGUUAAUCAACAGCAACUUGAGCAAUGCCCUGGCCAAGCUGAAAGACAGCAAAAGCGACGAUCUGCAGGAUCGCAAGAAGAGGAUGGCCCAGCUGAUCCGCCUGCACCUGCAGCACGUGCAGACCACGGUAAUCACGCACAGGCGGAGGACGCAGCAGAGGACCAGGCGGCGGUUCAGGAUGCUGCGCUCCUUCUUCAUGCGCCAGAUGAUGGAGAUGCACUCGAACUACCUGCAGAUGUACGCCAUGCUGCGCUUGAAGCAUUCCCAGGCCGAGGAGUCGGACUCCGAGGCCAGCGACGAGGGUGAACAGCCGCCCGAGGAGGCGGACCUGCUGACAGAUUUCCCCAACUUCGACUCGCACUUCUUUGAGCAUGUGAUCCCCGAGAUGAGCGAAGAGGAGUUCCUCAACACUCUCCACGUGUCCCGCGGAACCUUCGAGACCCUGUGCAAACAGCUGGCCCCCACUCUGCGGGUUUCGGAGGAACUGACUCGAAAAAUGCCUGCCAUUUCGCCCGAAAAGUGCGUGGCCCUGGCCCUGUACUUCCUGGCCAGCGGCGAGCGGCUCUCCUUGAUUGCCGAGCGCUUUUCCCUGCCCCGGCCCAGAGUUAUCAAGUGCCUCAAGGUCUUCUGCAACGCCGUCAUGUCAACUUUGGGCCGGGCGCUUCGCCAGCUGCCGCACAACCCUGUGGACUGCAACAGUGUGGCCGAGGGCUUUCAGCGCGAGAGCAACAUGCCCGCCGCACUCGUCGGCGUCCUGGGCGUCUGCUCUAUUCCCAUCCGGGCCAAUGGCGAUGCCAAAAACUGCUUGCUGCGCAUGGAGUAUCUCUUGGACGAUCGCAUGCUCUUCCGGGAGCUGCAGUUGGGUUGUGGAUCGCGGGCCACAAUGGCGCCCAUGUUUUCGUACGCACCCAACACCCUCUCGACCCUGCCCAAAUUCCGGAUCAACUCCCGUCCGGUUCCGGCAUUUGUCCUGGCUCCAGUGAACCAGAACUAUCCCCUCCGCCCCUGGUUGCUGCAGCGCUAUACGGACCCGAUCGCCCCGCACGAGCACGACUUCAACGAGGUGGCCGAGCACCUGCAGGAGUUGAGUGACUGCGCCCUGCACCGCCUCAUGUCCCGCUGGAGUUUCCUCAGCCAGCCGCUGGACAUUAGCUUCCACACGGCGUCCUGCAUCAUCACAGCUGCCGCCGUGCUGCACAAUCUGCUGGAGGAACUCAGUGAGCCGCACAUGCUGGAGUGGGGCAAUUCGGUGGAUGUGACCAAGUUUCGGGCGGAGCCGCUGUCCGACACAAUUGAAGAGGAUGCGCAGUCCCAUGCGGCGCUUGAGGUGCGCGACUUCCUAGCCAGAACCAUAAGCUCCACAGAAAUUUAAGCCUAGCGAUAAAAACUAGUUUUAAAUACUCAUAAACAUAGCGAGAAUCCCCUAAUAUCGCUGA